AUGUUCUGCUCUCCCAUACAUUUGACUGGACUUGGUGGGAAUGGUGCUCCGAUUGGUUGGAAGGCCCAAGUAUCUUCUUUCGGCGGUGGGUUCGGCAUAUUCGUCGUCGAACGUCACGAACUCCUUCCCAACACUUACACCUACUUCUGCCGUUCUUGCUUCCAAGAAUUCAAUUUCGUGCACGGCGUCAAAACUCACUCGUUCAACGCAUGGCCAUACACUGAAUUGAAGAAAGUGGAGUGUGUACAGAAUGGAUGGCCGUUUGAGGAGCAGAAUGAGAUGGAGGACUAG